GCGGGGAGCUGCGCCGGGAACCGUGGAGCAGAAUGUCGUCGACGCGGUGGCGAGGAGGGAGAAGAGGACUUCAGAGAGGAAGAAGAAUGAAGGAAAAUCAGUGAUCGAAGCAAUCGGAGGCGAAGAAGAAGAUCUGGAACAUGAGCUUGCCGCAUUGGAUGCCUCCCAAAUCGAUCCUAUCAAAGUGGCUGCUCAAACGGAGCCCAUCAAGUUUGGACUCGAUUCCAAUCCUUCGUGCGAUGGCCGCCAUCGCGGUGUUCCCUUCUUGCGGCGCCCGCCGCCUCAAUGCUCGCCCUUGGCUCCGCGCCGUCCGCGCCGCCUCCGGCUCUUCUGCCUCCCCUUCCCCCUCUCCUCUUCCUCCGCCCUCCGGGAUCGAUGCCAUCGUAGAUGCGCCAAGUUCUGGCGCCGCUCCCCCUUCUCGCUCCUUUUUCCCGAAGCGAGGCCAGACCCUGGAGCUCGUCUGCGAGUCCCUCGCUUUCAAGGCCAAGGGAAUCUGCAAGGCCGCUGAUUCCGGAUUCGUCUUAAUGUGCGACCGCGCCCUCCCGGGCGAGCGCUUCCUCGGCCGCGUCUCCCGCAAGAAGGACAGCUAUGCCGAGGUGACGAAGCUGAAAACGAUUACUCCGCAUUGGGACGCCGUGGAACCUCCCUGUCAGUAUGCUUCGUACUGCGGAGGGUGUAAGACUCAGAAUCUUUCGUACGAGGCUCAGAUUCGAGCCAAGGAGCAACAAGUUCGGGAUUUGAUCGUUCACGUCGGCAGAUUCUCAGACAAAGAUGCUGGCUUUUCUAAGGUUAUGAAGUCUAUAGUGCCCUGCGAUCUGCUGUUCCACUACCGUAACAAGAUGGAAUUCUCAUUUGGUCAUGAAAGAUGGAUGCCGCCAGAUGUAUUGACUUCAGAGGAUAAGAUGGAGAGUGGUUAUGCUUUGGGUUUGCAUGCUCCAGGGUUCUUUUAUAAGGUCCUUCAUGUUGAGAAAUGCUUAUUACAGUCUGAAGUAGCUAACAAGGUUCUUGCAGUUUUUCAAGAUAGUUGGAUGGACCCCGAGCUGGGCCUCUUGCCAUAUAAUGUCCUUAAUCAUAGUGGAUUUCUUAAGCAUCUAAUGCUAAGAACUGGAAGAGAUGUCAAGACUGGCACACCAGAGGUCAUGGUCAACUUUGUCACGUCUUCCUACAUGCCUAGCCUGUUGAUGCCUCUCGUUGACAAAAUCAUUGCAUUUCCUGAAGUGGUCAGUGUUGUGAAUAAUGUAAACAGAUCAGUUGGGAAUACAUCCGUAGGGGAAGAAGAAUAUACUUUGUAUGGAAAAUCCUCUAUUACAGAGAUGUUAAGAGGACUUGUAUUUCAGAUAUCAGCCAAUUCCUUCUUCCAGACCAAUUCUCACCAGGCAGAGGUGCUGUACAAGCUUGUUGAAGACUGUGCUAGACUUAGAGGAGAUGGUUCAGAGAUUGUACUCGAUCUAUUUUGCGGUACAGGAAGUAUUGGUUUGAGCCUUGCAAAAAGGGUUAAGCAUGUUUAUGGAUUUGAAGUCGUGGCUGAAGCUGUUUCUGAUGCUCUCAGAAAUGCCAAGUUAAAUGGCAUCGAAAAUGCAACAUUUGUCCAAGGAGAUCUUAAUAAAAUCAGCGAUAGUUUUGGGAAGGAUUUUCCAAAACCUGACAUUGUAAUUACAGAUCCAAACCGGCCAGGCAUGCAUAUGAAGUUGAUCAAAUAUCUUCUUAAACUAAAGGCACCACGCAUUGUCUACGUCUCAUGCAAUCCAGCCACACUAGCUCGUGAUCUUGAUUACCUCUGUCAUGGUGUUACCGAGCAAGGAAUAAGCGGAUGCUACAGUUUGAAAAGUGUUCAGCCAGUUGAUAUGUUCCCUCAUACUCCCCAUAUAGAAUGUGUCUGCUUGCUGGAGCUUAGUUGAUUGUUAGCUUUAUGUCUCGUAUGCCUACCGUGGGAAUCAAUGAAAUGUUCGCUUCUCACAGCCGUUGCUACGUUGCUAUAAAUUACCGAUCAUGAUUUUGUAAACAAGAUGAGCUGCGAAAAAUAAUGUGAGCUUAAAAAGAUGCACAUUGAGAUAUUAAAAUACAACCAUGGAGGACAACUGCUUCAAUUGAACAAACAAUCAAAGGAGGUUAUUUCAUUAUGCAUGUGAAAGACAACUUUUCUUCAAACUCGCAUUGUCAAUUUUGUAAUUUCCAUAAAUCUGUUUUUUUUCCCUUUCACCUUACUGGUAAAAUUAACUUGUAUUUCCUAAUGGCUUCGAGUUUGUUAUCACUAUUUCUUAUAAUCUUCAGUGUUUUAGUGAAUUUUAGCAUCUA